GGCUUGAUGUGUCGACGCUAUUCAGGCAGGGCCCUUCUUUCUGUUGCAAUUGCCGAGGGUUUCAUCAUGGGCGCGUAUAAAUACAUGCAAGAACUGUAUCGCAAAAAGCAGAGCGAUGUACUACGCUUCUUGCUUCGUGUCAGAUGUUGGCAGUAUCGUCAGUUGACCAAAAUGCAUCGUGCCCCCAGACCGUCGAGACCCGAUAAAGCACGCCGUUUGGGUUACAAAGCUAAACAAGGUUUUGUCAUAUUUAGAAUUCGUGUGAGGAGGGGAGGUCGUAAACGUCCCGUUCCGAAAGGUGCAACUUAUGGAAAACCAAAAAGUCAUGGUGUUAAUCAGUUGAAACCUACUAGAAAGUUGCAGUCUGUUGCAGAAGAACGCGUUGGCCGCCGUUGCGGAGGUCUGCGAGUUUUGAACAGCUACUGGGUAGCUCAAGACUCUUCGUACAAAUAUUACGAAGUUAUUUUGAUUGACCCUGCGCAUAAGGCAAUUCGCAAUGAUCCGAAAGUCAACUGGGUAUGUAACGCAGUACAUAAACAUCGUGAGCUUCGUGGAAAGACAUCAGCCGGCAGAAGUUCGCGAGGCUUAGGCAAGGGACAUCGUUAUUCUCAAACUAUCGGUGGUUCGCGUCGUGCGGCAUGGUUGAGAAGAAACUCACUGUCGCUUCGCAGGAAACGAUAAACUGUAUAAACGUUUGUAAUACUGAUUUUCGCGUGUACAUGAUAUGUCAUUUUAUUGAUGUAUUUAUACAUAUAUGUAUCAAUAUUAUGGCAUAUCCUGUGGAAAAUAAACGUUUCUU